AUGAAGAAUACAUACAAAACGCACACUGCUGUCUUCAAGCACAACGUGUUACAAGAAUAUCGUUCUGAUGUUUUUGGUUCUGGAUUCAAGUCAUUAGCUAAACGAUUUAAAAUAAAAGGUGCUCACAAGCUGAUUAUGCAUUGGUAUCAAAAAUGGGAUGGCACUUUUGAGUCAUUAAAUCGAAAAUCAAAAGACGUUCGGCCACGAACAAUGACACCAAAUCAAGUGAAGCAUUAUCUAUUGGAUUUCGUUACUCUGAUAAAUUCCCAACAUAAACCAGUGAAUUAUAAAAUAGUACAAUCACAUAUUGAAGAUUCAUUAGGUAAAAAAGUGCCAUUACGUGAUAUUCAAAGAUAUGGCAAAGAAUAUGGAAUUAAGUGGAGAAAAGUUAAAGAAUUAACAUUACCUGAUAUCGAUGACGAACAUUGGAAUCAGAUUGCUAAAUUUCGAAGGUUUUUACAACGAAUUCAUAAUGAUAAGCUGGUGUUUAUUGACGAAACAGCCAUCUAUGCAGUUAUGCCACAUCGUCAAACACUUGUAGCACCUGGACGUCAACCAUUAGUUAUUGUCGAUAAACCAUCAGCUUAUGCUCAACGUUAUGAUUGUAUAGGUGCUCUCAAUGGUUCACAAUCGAUCGCUUGUAUAACUUUAACACCAGUCAAUCGUAAAAAUCGAAACAUUGAAGGUAUUAGAAAAGAAGUAGUGAAUGAAUGGAUUGUCAAAACGUCGGCGCCAGCAAUUAAUCGACUAGGUUUUAAUAACAUUUAUUUGAUAUGUGAUAAAAGUCGGUCUCAUAACAAGGUGAAUAUGAUAGAAGCAUUAAAAGCUGGUUAA